GUGGGCCAUUCGGGUUUUGUUUUCCAUCUGAGAAGGUUACUUUUGGCUUAGUUUGUUCUAAUUUGAAUAUUAUACUUAGUGUUAUUUCGAGGAAGUUUAAUAAGUUUUAAAUAAAAGAAUGCCGUGGAAAAGACCCUCGGAUGUGCCAGUCGGUAGAGUCUGGAGCAGGUUUAAAGGCAGGGAGAGGGAUGGUGCACCGGCACUCAUGUACCAAAUCAGAGACAUGGAGGAACCAUACAGGAAACAAUGCUUAGACCUGAUGCAGGAGACGUUCAUACGCGAUGAACCUAUUUGCAAAGUUUUAGAUAUAGCCUCAGACCCAGAAUCAAUACAAACGAUACGGAACAACUGGGAGGAAUAUGUAUCGCAACAUAUAUCCAUAGCUUGCUUUACGGAGGAGAACGGCGAACCCAAAGAUCUAGUCGGCUUCAAAAUACUGCUGGUUAAAUGUAAGGACGAUAAAGAGGAAGACAUUAGAAAGGUUAAAGGCGAGUCAUGGCGGAAAUGUCUGAAGACUUUAGCCUACUCUGAGAGGUUGGUGGACGUGUUCGAGUACUACGACGUGGACAAAUUCCUGACGUCCAGUGGACUGACCGUCCUGCCAGGGCAUCGGGGGCAGAACAUAGGGGCCAGGCUGAUAGAAGCCAGGGAUGAGCUCUGCAAGACAUUCGGCAUUAAGGCAGGGUGCACAGUGUUCACGGCCAAGACAUCGCAGGUGCUCGCCGCCAAGUGCAACUACGAGGUCAUAGCCACCAUGCCCUACGAGGACAUGAAGAAAUACGGAGUCGAUUUGACCGGCUGUGGCACCACUGAAGCUAAGGUUAUGGGCAUUAGGUACGAUUAGGUUAUUUUCAAACUAUACUCUAUCCACGGAUCUCCGUGGAUAGAGUAUAGUUUGAAAAUAAAUAAAUUUGAGUAUAAUAGAGUAUAGUUUGAGAGCCGUAUAUAAAAGUAUCUACUUUUAUAUACGGCUCUCUCUGUUACGCGAUCCCAUACAAAUCAAAAAUCUGUAAGCGUUAACUAUUUUGAGUUAGCAACCAAUCACAAGUGAGCCAAUGUUUUCCGCACUACUCUAUCCUCGGAAAAAGUUAGUACUUACCUAGAAAUGAUAGUGCUAGGGUCGUGUAUGAUUGGUUAGUCACCCAGAUUGGUUAACGCCCACUGACUUAUUGUCUUUGUCAUUUGUAUGGAAUUACGUAACAGAGAAAGCCCUAUAUUAACUUCUCUCCGUGGGUAGAGUGUAGUUCAAACACAGAUUAAGAGCAUACGGCGAUAGACGGUACGGACAGAAACAAUUCAAAAAAGUGAAGCACGGAAACCUAAUCUGCAGGCUAAUUCUGUAAUUUUUCCUGAACACCAUUUCUCUAAGUCAGCAGUAUUUAAAAAUCAUAAUUUAACAGUUUGAGAAUUUUCUAAAGAGAUCGAAUACGAGUAUGUGUGUGAGUUGAGUGACAAGUUUGGUUUCUUUUUAUACUGCUUCUACACUGGAUUCAUAUUCUGCAGUGCCAUUUACCGUCUAUUCCAUGUUUUAAUCUAAAGCUUUUAUGAUUUCAAAUUAAUGCAUUUUGUUAGUAUUUUUUACGAAAGUAUAUAUAUAAUUUAGAUAAGUACCUACCUACAUUAUUACUUUUUAAUUCUCUUACUAGGGAACCUUUGUCUACAAUUUUGUCUGGUGGUAAGUGAUGAUGCUGUCUAAGAUCGAAGCGGGCAUAUCAUUACAUGAAUUACUAUUAUAUAAGUAAGUACUUCAAUUGUGAUUUUGAUAUACCUACAUUUUUAUUGUACUUAGCUUAUGAUAUUAUUUAAAUAGUGAAGAAGGUAUUAAAACUACAACAAACAGUAUUGGUACCAGUCUUAUAAGUAGGUAGGCACAAAUGAAUUAAAGAAUAAAUAUAUUUUUAAAAGUUAAUUUAUUUUUAUUAUAAUCAAAUAUACACAAAAAUAUUGUUUUUUUUUUUUUUUUUUUUAAUCUUUAUUUAUUUUAAAGAACUUAUAUACAAUUUGUACAUGUCAGUUCUAUAGUACUUAAACCUAGAUUAAACUAAUUAACAAUUGACUUAAUCAAAUUUUAUAUAACCUAUUACUAAUCUAUAUUCUAUCUCUUAACUUGAAACAUUUUAUAUAGUACCUAAUCUAUUUUUCGUACUUUUUAUAUAAAGGUUAAAUAGGAUUUUAGCCGAAACGGAAUCCGGUUCGGCCAAAAUACUAUUUAUGAAUCCAACUUCAUAGCUUUUAAUAUUUAAUAGUGACCAGGCAUAUUCUCUCAACUCACUAUUCUGAACACACUCCAUUAACAAAUGUUGCAUAUCUUCCAACUUAUCACAAGACAAACAAUUUGGUGAGUCUACUUUUUUCAUCAAAUAUGCAAACUUUCUCAAUGGAACGUGUCCAGAAUAUUGUUAUAAAUAAAAUACGUUAUCAAAUCGCAGUGUUUUACUUAUCUCUACAAGUUUCUACAAAUACAAAAUAUCUAUAAAUGCACAUAAUCAUCACUAUAAAAAUGUCAUGUUCGUACAUUUCACUUUAAUUAAUUAUUAGGGGACCCUAUUACUAAGUCUCCGCUGUCCAUCCAUCUGUAAGCGGGCUAUCUAAUGAACCGUAAUAGGUAGGGAGUUGAAAUUACAGAGUAUUUCACAUUUCACAUUUUCACAGAAUAUUGCCGCUAAAACAUCAAAUAAUAAAAAAGUCAUAACGGCAAAUUUCAAAAUGGCCGCCUUGCAAAUAAAAAAAUAAAAAGUACGUAGGUAGGUAGGUUGUCUUGUAAAAUAUGUAACCCUUCGUGUAUGAGUCCGAGUUGCACAUGACCGAUUUUAUGCAUUGAUAACAUGGCCCCCGCGGAAUUUAAAAAUAUAUUGUGAAAAGCGAUUUCGUGGAUCUAUGUUAAUUUUUUUUUGGUGCCGAUCCGAAACGCCCCAUCGAGAGUACCGGAAACUGUAUUUGACACUUUGUGUCAAAAUAAGAUCUUCAUGUUGACAGAUGUCUCACCACUAACUUUUAGUUCCGAGUACUCUCACAUAAGACUCACUGCGGGCUGCUAUCAACGCCGAAAUGGUGAAAAUCAAGUCACUUCAAAAACAGAUCGGCAAUCGGAAGUCCAGCGUACUUAGUAUGUAGUAGUAGAGGUCAGUGGGCACACCUACAGUUUCAUAAAGCGGUUGCAAAGCCAAUGUUGGAUCCUAGCGUUUUGGAAUGUAUAAUAAGGCAAGUA